GUGUACUCCAGGCGGUGCUCAGAUACGGAUGUUUGCCAAGGGGUAACUGUCCCUCUGGUGUGUGACUGUUCAUUGGAUGGGACAGUUGCUUAAAGAACCCCAAACUCAGACCAGUCUCCAUCCUCUGAGAGAGCCCUGAUUGUGCCUGUUCAGGAGAAAGCCGCACUCCGGCAACAACAUGUCUCAGCUGGAAACUGCAAUGGGAAUGAUCAUAGCUGUCUUUGACAACUAUGCAAGGACUGAUGGCAACAGGCAAACCCUCAGCAAAGCAGAACUAAAGAGCCUCCUGGAAAAGGAGUUCCCAAACUUCCUUGCGUCAGGGAAGGACAAAGAUGCUAUUGAUAGAGUCUUCAAGAACCUGGAUGAAAAUGGAGAUUCCCAAGUGGACUUCAAAGAAUUUGUCCUCUUUGUGGCAGCUCUGACUUGCUGCUGUCAUAAAUAUUUCGAGCAGAAUGCAGCCAAAUAGUUGUCAAACUGCUCACAGAAGCUGUCUUUGCCUGUGCUCCAUAUGCUAGUGGUAUGGAUCCCUUCACUCCUUCCAUGUACUGCCAUGAAGUUUGCAAGCAUGCUAGGCUGUAAAAAUAAACUCUACUGUGCUUA